UUGGUUUAGAUAUGUCAUCAAAUAAAGUUUGGGGACAAGAAUGUAAAUUGCAAAUUUGUGGGCCCCACCCUAAUUAAAUUGAUUCAUCUCUGCUUUCAACCUUUCUUCUUCCCCAUACCUCUGGAGAUCUCCAGAUUUUCUCUCUCCCCUCCUCGCACCUUCGCCGGCGUAAAGUCCCUCCUUUUCUCUCGCCGGCAGUUUCGAAUUUCAAAAUUCUCCGAUUCAAUUUUCCAAAUCAUGGCGAUUAGGGUUACCCUCACGUACUCCAGCUACGUCGCUAGGAACAUCGCUUCCUCCGCCUCGGCUCGCGUCGGCGCCGGAGACGUCCGCUCGUGCUUCGAAUGCAUCACCCGUCCCAGAACCUUCACCCACAGCCAGAUACCCGAUAUCGAUAAAUCCCCUCCUCGUGCUCGCCCAGCUUCCUCCUCCAUGUACAGCACCAUCGCGAGGGAGCUUCUCGAAGAAGGAAGCAAGAGCCCUCUCGUGCUGGGGAUGAUCUCAAUCAUGAGUCCGAAUUUGCUAGGGAUGAACAGCAACGUACUGGGGAUCUCGCCGUUCAAGGCUUCUUCUGUGAUCCCGUUCCUUAGAGGGUCAAAGUGGAUGCCUUGCAGCAGCAUUCCGGCGACGGAUGUUGCUGCUGACAUUGAUAGGGGAGGAAAGGUUGAAGUGAAGAUGGAGUUGGGUCGUGAUAAAGGCUCGAGCUUUGUUGGAAACGGAUGGGUUAAUAAGCUGUUGAGUAUCUGCUCGGAGGAUGCUAAGGCAGCGUUCACGGCGGUUACUGUUUCUCUUCUGUUCCGUUCGGCGUUGGCUGAGCCCAAGUCUAUACCUUCGGUGUCUAUGUACCCUACUCUCGAUGUGGGUGAUCGUGUUAUGGCUGAGAAGGUCUCGUACUUGUUCAGAAGGCCAGAGGUUUCGGAUAUAGUCAUCUUCAAGGCUCCUCCGGUUUUGGUGGAACAUGGUUACAAUUGUACUGAUGUUUUCAUAAAGAGGAUAGUUGCAAGCGAAGGUGACUGGGUUGAAGUCUGUGAUGGAAAGCUCUUAGUGAAUGACACUGUUCAAGUUGAGGAUUUUGUCUUAGAGCCAAUGGACUAUGGAAUGGAACCAAUGUUUGUCCCUGAAGGUUAUGUCUUUGUUCUAGGAGACAACCGCAACAAAAGCUUUGACUCUCAUAACUGGGGUCCACUUCCAAUAAAGAACAUCAUAGGAAGAUCCAUGUUUCGUUAUUGGCCGCCGAGCAAAGUUUCAGACACAAUACACCACCAUGAGCAAGUUAUGCAAAAGGAAGCUGUUGAUGUUUCAUAACCGGUACAGAUGUGUGUUGACGGUUCUUAGGAUUAAGUAGGAGAUUGGAUAGAUGAGGAGGUGGUGCCAUCCAUUUUGGCCCUGAAGCCAACGGAGCAAUUUUUUUCGUUCUGUGUACUCUCAAAAGAAAAGGAAAGAUGGAAACAUUUGUUUGUUGCUA